UGUUUUUUAAUUUCCAAAUUAUUUUGAGAUUUUAUAUUCUAAAUUAAUUCGGGAUUUAAAUUCUAAGUAAUGCAAAAUACAAUGUAACACCCCACUUUAAAGUGUGAAAAUACUUUGAGAACUCAAUUUCCGAAAUAUUUCAGGAAUUAAGUUCCCGAAAGUGUUUAAAUGAGGUGACAUUUCUAAUGAGUGAGGUGACAAAUCCAACCCCCUUUCCGAUUCCACCCAACAAAGUAAAAAAAAAAAAAUAACAUCAAUAUAUAUGUUCAGAUGAGAGGUUUACAAGUUCAAAUUUGUUCACAAAAACAGAAAUGGCAUCAGCACAGAAGAACCAAAGUUCUGUUUCUCACUUCAGCCACCCACACCCUUUGGAACACACCACCGCACCCUCCACCACAUCAAACCCAACAACAUGCUCAGGCUGCAAACUAAGAGUCACCACCAACGACAACGACUAUUACCGCUGCAGCAAAACCAAAACCUGCAACUUCUCUCUUCACUCUGUCUGCUACAACAUGCCCUUCAUCACAAACCACCCUUCUCAUCCAACCCACGACCUUCUCCUCUUCCUCGCACCUCCAUCAUUACCAUCACUCAACACCUGCUUCGCGUGUAAGAAUCAUGCCACAGGCCUCACCUACCACUGUGCUGAAUGCACCAUCUUCUUCCACCCUCUCUGUUUAUUACUUCCUCUGUCUCUUGCAAUCAAACACCACCCUCACAAAAUCAAGCUUGAAUUCUUACCACCCUAUGACUUCUAUUGUGAUUUCUGCAACAAACCCAGUUUCAGUGGGUGGCUCUACAGGUGCAGCAUGUGUGAAUUCGACAUUCACAUAGCUUGUGCCGUUGAUAACUUAGAACACCACAUGGAUAACUAUAAGAUCAUGCGUUUGGUGGCAGAGCAGGUUGGCGGGGGAAUCAGCAGAACCCAAUUUGACAAUGGAAUCACUGGAGCAUGGGAUAAGAAAUUUUACAAUCAAAGAAAAAAUCGUAACAUGAGCAGUGGCAACAUCAUGAAGGUUGUUGAACUUGAAUUACAAGAAACAGAACAAAGCUCUGUUUUUCAAGAAACAGAGGAAAGCCCUGUUUUUGCUUUGGCAAAUUUUGAAGAAAAAACUCCACUUCGUGAUAAAUUGGUUCCACUCUCUGAUUUUGCUAGUCCUCCUACUCCAUCACAAAGUAACCAAUUUGGUGAAUCGUAUUUUUCAAUCGAUUUGACGAAGUCGUAUUCAAAUUCAACCUAUGAUCACAGAAGCCAGGUGCCAAAAGAAGGAACUGAAUUUGUUGUGCCAGAGAGCAUUGUUGAACGAGCUGAAGAAUCAUAUGAUGUUGUGAAAUGGUCAAGCAAUAGUUCAUGUAAUUCGCAUCAGCAUCUGAAUAAGCUGCAUGAAGCAUUUUUCAAAGGAGGGCUUGUUAGUGAUUAUGGGGAAUCAAGGCAUAUGGAAGUAAUGAAGAAUUCUAAGGAGAGCUUAGCCAAAUGGUCUCAUGAAGAUCAUAUAAUCACCAAACCAGAGUCAGAAAGAUGCAGCCGUUCAUGUUGGAGGAAGUUCCUAACUUGCUGCCAUUAGCAUAUACAGUCAGGCAUGUUAUACACAAUUUUUGAAGCACAGAGCAUCUAGGUGGUGCAAAUAGACUAAUAAGCACUAUAUUGUAAAUUAUCAGUAUUAUAUUGUGUGACAAAGAGAGAUAUCCCUAUCUUAAUAAGCA